AUGAGUGGUACCGUCGACAAAAAUGCUACAGUGUCGCACGAGACAUACUCUCGGCUGAUGGGCUUUGUCUCCGGUAUGUUUUCUGGUGUUGUCAAAAAUGCAGUGGGACAUCCAUUUGACACAAUCAAGGUGAGAUUGCAAACGUCCCAGGAUACUGGGAGAUUUAAAGGACCUCUGGAUUGUGUCUACCAAACUAUGAGGCAGCAGGGAAUCCGUGGUUUCUACCUCGGUUUCACUCCGCCCUUAGUAGGGUGGAUUAUGAUGGACUCAGUAAUGCUGGGGUGCCUUCAUAACUAUCGUAUGCUGCUCAAAAAAUACGUGUACACCAACGAAGAGAAGCUUCCUUUAUCCGGAUGUAUUUUGAGUGGUGUUAUGGCUGGAUGGUCAGUAAGUUUCAUUGCUGCGCCGGUUGAACUAGCGAAAGCCAAGCUGCAGGUGCAGUAUGACGCCAAGACCGCGAAGUAUAGAGGGCCAAUAGAUGUUAUCCGGAAGGUGUAUACUGCAGAUGGGAUAAGAGGACUUUACAAAGGUUUGGUAAGCACUCUGAUAUUUAGGACACACUUCGUGUACUGGUGGGGAUCUUAUGAAUUGCUCACUCGGUGGUUUAAGAAAAAUACGAAUAUGACAGAUACAGCCAUCAAUUUCUGGGCGGGGGGUUUCAGUGCGUCCUUUGGAUUUUGGACCACAGCUUAUCCAAGUGACGUAAUUAAACAAGUGGUGCUGUGCAGUGACAAGUAUGAUGGUAGUUUCAGAUCUUGGAGACUCGCUGUCGCUGAUCUGUGGCGUGCCAAAGGUAUCCAUGGAUUCUUCAAAGGGUUUGUUCCCAGCUUCUUGAGAAGUUUCCCAGCAAACGCUGCUGCAUUAGCAUCUUUCGAAUUUGUUUUGAGAGUAAGCGGGGCAAAAUAG